CAGAGAAGUCUCACAAUCAGAAUCCAGAGUCACUUCCCAGACUCCUCACAAGUCAAAACUGCUCUUUUCAUUUUCAUAUACUCCAUAACCAAACCCUCUCCGUUUCUCUCAAAUAUCGUUUCAUUUUCUCUCAUUUUCUAGGGUUAACAGUUAACACCGUUAUAGUCUCUUCUCAGUCUUGUCCCAAAAUAUUUUCCCGGAUUUCAUUUUGCCAACCAAAUGAUGGAGAAUUUUGAAAAUUCUUUCAAUGCAUUCCUCGGCGUCCACUUUGUCCUCUUCGGAUUCGAUCCCGUCCACGAGCGCGAGGUUCGAUCUAAGCUUGUUAAUGGCGGUGGAGUUGAUGUUGGUCGGUACGGUCAGAAUUGUACUCACGUUGUCGUGGAUAAGCUUGUUUAUGACGAUCCUGUAUGUGUUGCUGCUCGAAAUGAUGGAAAGAUGCUUGUGACUAGCUUGUGGGUUGAUCACAGUUUUGAUACGGGAAUGCCUGUCCCUGAGUCAAUCAUGUACAGACCUCUAAAAGGUUUGAAUGGAAUUCCGGGUGCUGAAUCUCUAGUUGCUUGCUUGACUGGAUACCAUGGGCAAGACAGAGAUGAUGUUAUGACAAUGGUUGGCCUGAUGGGUGCACAGUUUUCUAAGCCAUUGGUAGCAAGCAAAGUUACUCAUCUUGUAUGCUACAAAUUCGAAGGGGAAAAGUAUGAACUUGCCAAAAAAAUGAAGACAAUAAAACUUGUCAAUCAUCGCUGGUUGGAGGAUUGUUUAAAGGCCUGGAAAAUUCUUCCUGAAGAUAACUAUGCCAUGAGUGGCUAUGAGUUGGAAAUGUUGGAGGCUGAAGCUAAAGAUUCUGAAGAAGAAGGCGCACCAAUGAAGCAAUCUGAUGGGAGAAUCAUGAAUAAAAGUCCUUAUAAAUUACAGAUUGGAACACCAAAGGUCCAUGAAUUGCCCAUAUCGGCAGGGGAAGUGCCAAAAACACCACAAGAUUCAACUAGACCUAAGGGUCUGUUAAAUGUUAUCAAUGUUGAUGGUAUGUUAUCAGCUACUGGAAGAGAUGCAAGAUCCAAUCAAGCCUCAAGCAUGAAUAAGGUUAAUAUCAAGCAUCCUGAGGGGAUUGCUUGUCAGGAAAUUGGAGCUACUAAGGAUACUGCCUGUGGUGAGCUAUCUGAAAAUUGUGAUAGAACUCCAGUUUCUGCGAACUUGAGGAAUGGCUUGGCACUUCCUUCUAUGAGUGCUAAAAAGUCUCCUCAUUCUGAAGAAAAAUUAAAUCUUUUAAGUUAUUCAAGGAAAACCCCAAGGAGAAAUUCACUUCCAACAUGCUUGGGAGAAAACUCAAGCAAUGCAACUGGCUCUCCAAAAUUAGAUAUAGUUACACUCAAAGUCAAUGGCAGUUUUAAUAUCUCUCCCUCUAGAGUUGAAGAAGCCAAGAAUGGUGCUGAUUCUGACUCUGUUAAAACUCCUUCAAAAGGAACUAAGCAACCUCAUGAGGAAAUCCUAAGUGAAGUUUUGCCCCAGAAGAGAAAGACUGAUGUUUCUUGUGCUAUCUCUAAAUCACAAAAGAGGAGGCAAGAUUCAGAAUUGGGCAUCUCAGGGAGUCCAUUGGCAGGUAAUAGGACUCCAGGAUUGGAGUCUUCAUCUUUGAUAAAUGGUCCCAUUCAGAUAAAUAAUUGUUCUCUGUUCACCAAUAAUGGCAGCCCUACUGCUGUUCUGAAUUCUGGAGGGAACUCAGCUCCUCACUCUUCAACAAAAUCAUUGACUCUAGAUAUGCUUAUCUCCAAAACUGUGACAUCGGAGAGUGGGCAAGAUAGAAAUGUUGGGGAGAAGGUAGCCCAAACAUCUUUUGGGAGAUUGGGGAAGCCCAACUUGGCCACUAAACCUGAGACUGGAGACUCUACUAAUAUUCAUGGAACACCACAAGUGAUCGGAGAAACAAAGGAGCCACAGAAUCAGGAGCAAGGUGGUAAGGUUUCAUCUCCAAGUAGCAAAAGCACCAACAUUGAGAAAUCCCAUAGUCCUGGCUUAGGAUUAAUCAAAGGGGACAAUGAUAACUCACAUUCAAAACCAGUUAGAACAAAGAUGCUUGCCAAGAAGAGCUUGGGUUCCAGACCUAGGUUAAGUGCUAAUAAGACUGUUAAUCAGAAGGGUUCCAUUUUUUCCAAUAAAACUGUUGCUGAAGAUGCUGCUGCAAUUGAGACAACAAGUGGUCCUAAGUUUUCGAGUGCCAGUAGAGUUGAGCUGGUAUCUCAAACUGUUAAUGUAGAAGCAGCCAGACAAUUGGUGACAGAAAAUGUUCUGACAUCUGCAGAUAAAGUUGAGAAUAAGAAUGAAUCCGUGGAGGAUGAAACUGAGGCUCCAGAUGAUGAAAAUGAGUUUGUGAGAGCAGUUAAUGAGAAGUCUGAGGUGGUUGAGCUGACAAAUAAAGCAGGUAAAGUGAUGAAAGAAAGAUCAGAACAGGUGCAGCACAGGACAAAUAAUACCAAGGCAAACAUCUUGAACCCGCAGGAUGAUGGAAUGGGAUCACAUGAAGACAAAAAUGAACCUGAGACUGAAAAGGCUGUUUGUGGCAAUCCAGGUGAAUCAACUAUCAAAUCAGAUGGGGCAAAAGAGAAAAUGGCUAAAGGGAACAAAUCUACUUUAGGUAGAACCAAGAGAAAAACUGUUCCUGCCGUUUUGGAGACUAUGGAAUCUGAGAAAGAUGUGGAUGGGGGAGAGGCUCAAACUGAAAAGAAUGUUAAGAAGGCAGAGAAGGAGAACAGAGUGCCAGAUUCUGCUGGUAAAACUAGUGCCAAUACUAAACCUGUGAUGAAGUUGAAAAACUCCAUUGAAAUCGAAAAGGAGAACAAGCCAAUAGGUGAUGGAGAUAAAAAUACAAGUCAGAGAAAACAGCAAACUGGGAAAUCAGCUAUUGCGUUGAAUAGGGCACCAGUAACGACUACUAAGAAUUUUGCUAAGAUUGAUGCUGACUUGACGCCAGUAGGAAAGGCUUCCAACAUAUUGAAAACUGAGCCUGCAUGGUUUAUUCUGAGUGGCCAUAAACUACAAAGAAAGGAGUUUCAGCAAGUUAUUAAACGUUUAAAAGGAAGAUCUUGCAGAGACUCUCAUCACUGGUCAUACCAGGCAACACACUUCAUUGUUCCAGAUCCAAUCCGCAGGACAGAGAAGUUCUUUGCUGCUGCAGCUGCUGGGAGGUGGAUCCUUAAGACAGAUUAUUUAACUGCUAGCAGUCAGGCAGGAAAAUUCCUGGCGGAGGAGCCUUACGAAUGGCACAAAAAUGGCCUUAGUGAAGAUGGUGCAAUCAAUUUAGAGGCUCCUAGGAAGUGGCGCCUCUUAAGGGAGCGGACAGGUCAUGGUGCCUUCUAUGGAAUGCGCAUUAUAAUUUAUGGAGAAUGCAUUGCACCCCCUUUGGACACUCUGAAGCGUGUUGUGAAGGCAGGAGAUGGGACCAUAUUAGCUACUUCUCCACCUUACACUCGAUUCCUAAAAUCAGGAGUUGAUUUUGCCAUUGUCAGCCCUGGAAUGCCACGUGUUGAUUUGUGGGUGCAGGAGUUCCUGAGACAUGAGAUACCCUGUGUCGUUCCUGAUUAUUUGGUCGAAUAUGUGUGCAAACCUGGAUACUCUCUUGAGAGACAUGUGCAAUACAAUACUCAUGCUUGGGCAGAAAAAUCAUUUGCUAACCUGAUAAACCGGUCAGAAGAGAUUGUGGAGGAUCUGGCUAAUCUCACACCACCAGAUAAUCAAGACAUUAAUGAUCUAAAUUGUGAAGUUUGUGGAUCUCAUGAAAGAGGAGAAGUGAUGCUGAUUUGUGGUAAUGAAAGCGGUUCUAUUGGGUGUGGGGUUGGUACCCACAUUGAUUGCUGUGAUCCUCCACUGACAGAGGUUCCAGAGGAGGAUUGGUUCUGUCCAAAAUGUCGUGGAAGCAUAAAUAGAAUCAACCCACCUAAGAGAACCAAAAAAGGCAACUCUUUGAGGAAGUGAUUUUUUGCCGCCUUGUAAUCAUCCUUAUCUUUUUCCUUGUAUCUUCAUUUUGUAAAUUACUAGUUAUAACAGAACAUGAGCAGUUUUACCAUGAACUGGAUUUGAUACUAGUGUAAUAACUCCCUAUUGGAAUGGAACAGUGGUAUUUCAAACCAUGGAACAUGUUUGGAUC